AGCGUUGGCGUCUUUGCGGUAACGAAAACGCGUGGCUCGACUGAGAAGCAGCUCUCGGCGGGUUUGUCGGUUUCCUUGCCUGAGUCACUGCUGCUUAACGACAACACAGCGCGGCUGUGAGAGAAGUGAUGGCUGCAGGAGAAGCCGGGGUGAACCUCAGGACGCGCGCCGUUUGGAUGCGUUAACGCACAGAACCUCCUGCUGAAGCGUCUGCAGACAUGGGUCGCCAGGAGGCCGACUUCGUGUGGAAGAAGAGCACCGAGAACAUCCAGGAGGUUUUCGAGUUCAUGGAGGAGUUGGGAACGGGGGCUUUCUCAGAGGUGUACAUGGUGAAGGAGAAGAAGACCGGAAAGCUGUUUGCCAUGAAGUGCGUGAAGAAGAAACAGAAAAGAGACCUGAACCUGGAGAAUGAGAUCACCGUAUUGAGAAGGAUCAAACAUGAGAAUGUCGUGGGGAUGGAGGAUUUCUAUGAAAGUCGGUCCCAUUACUAUCUCGUCAUGCAGCUCGUCUCAGGUGGCGAGCUCUUUGACCGGAUCCUGGAUCGGGGUGUGUACUCAGAGAAGGACGCCAGCCGUGUGAUCCAGCAGGUGCUGCAGGCUGUCGGUUACCUGCACCAAAACGGCAUCGUGCAUCGAGACCUCAAGCCAGAGAACAUCCUGUACUACAGCCAGGACGAGGACGCCAAGAUCAUGAUCAGUGAUUUUGGCCUCUCUAAGAUGGUAGACAACGACAUCAUGUCGACCGCUUGUGGCACGCCAGGAUAUGUAGCUCCUGAGGUUUUGGCACAGAAGCCCUACAGCAAGGCAGUGGACUGCUGGUCUAUCGGCGUUAUCACCUACAUCCUGCUCUGUGGAUAUCCUCCUUUCUAUGAAGAAAGCGAGACGAGGCUGUUCUCCAAGAUCAUGAAGGCGCAGUAUGAGUUUGACUCGCCCUUCUGGGAUGACAUUUCUGAAUCUGCUAAAGAUUUCAUCCGUAACAUGAUGCAGAAGAACCCCAGCAUGCGCUACACCACUGACCUUGCGCUCAGACAUCCCUGGAUUAUUGGAAAGACGGCCCGGAGCCAGGACAUCUACUAUUCCGUCAGCGUUCAGAUCCAGAAGAACUUUGCCAAGACCAAGUGGAAGCAAGCCUUCAACGCUGCUGUGGCCAUCAACCACAUGAAGAAGCUGCAGCUGGCCCACUCAGAACUGGUCCUGAGGAGGGCCAGCAUCCCAGACAUCAAGGUGAUCGACGUGUCCUCCCCGACAAAAACCCGCAAGCGUCUCGAUCCAGACAAACUUGACCUCAAGUCGGCGGAGAUCAGCGGGAAUGCACACGGCACCAACCACAUGUCCCUGCCCUCGAGCCCCGUCGAGCCGAAGAGCAGCUACCACUCGCUGAAGGCCACGCAGAGUCAGUGCGGCACGCAUCACGCGCCCACCAUAGCUGAGCAGGGCAAGCACAUCUACCACUCAGAGCCCGCCAACCUGAACGGGUACAGUAAAAACCACAAGAGCAAACCUGUGCAGACUGGAGUUUGCUCGGUCAUGUGAAGGCUGCAUGAAAUCCACAUGGAGUAAAUCUGUUUUACUUGGUCAGUGUUGCUGAACAGCAUGCGGUCUGUUUUGUGUCUGCAGGUCCACCUGGAGCUGAGAAGAGGUCGAUCCUCUGACGGACCCAAACGGUCCGCACAGUCAGUGGGACAUUUUAAUUUGGAAAGAGUGCCUAUGACGCUUCCUGAGAACCACACAGAAGCACACAAACACACGCUGAAAUGCACGAGACUCACUUUAACUCAGAUGCACAGGGUGUAGGUAGCAGUUCAGACAGUAUUCAGGGGACUCGGAGUCGGCCUGACACAGUCCCUGACCUCUGAGCUCGUGAGGAUAUUAUGACCCCUGGAUUUUUAUUAGGGGGAAUUUGAUGCGUCAGAGCACUUUAGUGUCCGGGUCGUUUAGUGUCAUUAUGCUGUAAUGCAGUAGAAUAUACGAAAAAAGUGCACGCUUACUGCUUUAAAUAAGCCAUUCUGCAAAUAUAUAAAUUAUAUAUGUAUCAUUUAUUCUGCUGAAGUUGUCUCUUAUUUUUAUUAUUUUAUGUGUUCAUGGUUUAUUGUUCUAUUUUAUUACAUUUCGAGUAUUUUUUUUUAAAAAAGAAAAAGUAACAAUACAGACAAUAAUAAACAAACAAAAAGCAUAAUACAUGUUCAAAGUGACACAUCACUAACAGAGUACACACAGUAUAUUUAUUAUUUGCCAAGCAUCAUGUGUAAACACAGUAAAAAGAUGUUUCUCCGCUUCCUCUGAGUGGUUCGUUCCAGCUGUUUGUGACUUUUAACAUUUAGCCAUCUGCUCUGUGUAAAAUGACAAAGUUCCUGUGUAAAUAAAGCCUGUGCAGCCUCGUG